GAUGACCCCCCCCCUCUCUCUCUCUCUCCCCUCCUCUCCUCCGCCCAUUUCCUCCUCCUCUCGCCUGCGAUCCGGCCGCGUCCCCCGCCGACGAGAGAGCCCCGCCACGCGAGGUCGUGAAGCAGGAGGAGGAGAAGAGAGAGAGGAGGAGAUCGCCGAUCUCGGUAGGGAAGGAGCGGAGAUGGGGCUCACGUUCACUAAGCUGUUCAGCCGCCUCUUCGCCAAGAAGGAGAUGAGGAUCCUCAUGGUCGGUCUCGAUGCGGCCGGUAAAACCACCAUCCUCUACAAGCUCAAGCUCGGCGAGAUCGUCACCACUAUCCCCACCAUCGGUUUUAAUGUUGAAACCGUCGAAUACAAGAACAUUAGCUUCACCGUUUGGGAUGUCGGUGGCCAGGACAAGAUCAGGCCCCUGUGGAGGCACUAUUUCCAGAACACCCAGGGCCUCAUUUUUGUCGUGGACAGCAAUGACAGAGAGCGUGUUGUUGAAGCCAGAGAUGAGCUCCACCGUAUGCUGAAUGAGGAUGAGCUACGUGAUGCUGUCCUGCUGGUGUUUGCCAACAAACAAGAUCUUCCUAAUGCCAUGAACGCUGCUGAGAUCACAGACAAGCUUGGCCUGCACUCCUUGCGCCAGCGGCACUGGUACAUCCAGAGCACAUGUGCUACCUCUGGUGAGGGGUUGUACGAGGGACUUGACUGGCUUUCCAACAACAUAGCCAACAAGGCUUGAAGCAUCUUGGCGGGGCUUUAAUCAAAGGGAGAUAUGGCGGAUAUCCCGAGUGAACUCUGCCCUUUUUACGUAUCAAACUAUAUAGUCAUGACAGAUAAUGUGGAUGUUUUGGAGCUCUUUUGGUCCCUAAGGAGCUAGCUAUCAGAUUGUUUUUCGUGGGGUGUUAAAAAUCGUGCGUGUUUCAGUUUGGCUUUUCUCCAAAGGCUUACGGUGCCUGACCUCUGUACCUCUGUACUUGGCCACAGAUGUUGUAGUAUUGACCUUGUCUUUGGCAUAGCGUAUUGUUACCGUAUCCAUCCUGUUCUGUGCA